AUGAGUGAUUAUGGCUCAGAGGCCUGUGGGGUGGCAGGUCUAGGUGGGCGGGCCUCAGGGGUGCUUACUCUGGGGUGGGGCAGCAGUCCAGCUCUGGGAGGGGUGGGUCUGGUGCGUGGGGACUGCCAGGACUCGAGGGGGCUGGCAGUCGGAAUGAGGGAUGGCAGAGGCUGUGCAGGGGUGAUAAACAGCCAGUGGAGAGCAUCCCCCCAUCCCCUGCACCCCUGGGACCAUCACUCUGUUAAUCUGGGAGCAGCAGCAGACAGGGCAGUCCCGAAGAACAGUUGCCCACUGCAGCCCGCACUCCAGGCUGCCCAUCCAGCACCUUCGGAGGGGGUGAGCCUGGCGGGAGGAAGCCUUGCCCACCCUGCUGACCUGAGCACCCCUGGGGGCCGUCUGGAGUGGGGGAGGCUGGGGGUCCAGCGCCCACUCAGGCCGCCUCUCCGCAGGAGCCUGAUGCCCCGCACCCUGGACGGGCAGAUCACCAUGGAGAAGACCCCCAGCUACUUUGUGACACGGGAGGCCCCUCGCCGCAUCCACGGCAUGUCCCCAGACACGAAGCUGAUCGUGGUGGUGCGGAACCCCGUGACCCGCGCCAUCUCCGACUAUGCCCAGACACUCUCCAAGACCCCAGGCCUGCCCAGCUUCCAUGCCCUGGUCUUCCGCCACGGCCUGGGCCCCGUGGACACGGCCUGGAGCGCCGUGCGCAUCGGCCUGUACGCCCAGCACCUGGACAACUGGCUGCGCUACUUCCCCCUGUCCCAUUUUCUGUUCGUCAGUGGCGAGCGCCUGGUCAGCGACCCGGCCGGAGAGGUCGGCCGCGUGCAGGACUUCCUGGGCCUUAAACGGGUUGUCACGGACAAACAUUUCUACUUCAACGCCACCAAAGGCUUCCCCUGCCUCAAGAAGGCCCAGGGCAGCAGCCGCCCCCGUUGCCUGGGCAAAUCCAAGGGCCGGCCCCACCCACGCGUGCCCCAGGCCGUGGUCCAGCGCCUGCAGGACUUCUACCGGCCCUUCAACCGCAAGUUCUACCAGAUGACUGGCCAGGACUUCGGCUGGGACUGAGCAUGGUCCAGCCAGCCCUGCCUGGGGGAGCGCAGUUCCUUAAUUUAUGUCUGCUCGCCCGGCCAGAGCAGGCUGCACACACAUGCGGGGUAGGGAGGAAUAUUUAAGAAAUAAAGUUUGGAUCCGUAACUUCCCACA